GCGGAAGCCGCUGCGCCUGCUCACUGAGUCCGGCCGCUCCCUGCCUGCUGCUCGGCGCUGUGCUCCGGGAUGGCGAAGAACACGGUGUCUGCCCGCUUCCGGAGAGUGGAUGUGGAUGAAUACGACGAGAACAAGUUCGUAGAUGAGGAGGAGGUGGCAGAGGGGCAGCAAGGACCGGACGAGGGGGAAGUGGAUGGAGCUAUACGGGGAGGAAACAUGAUGGGUGCUCUUCAAGCUGUUUUAAAGAACCCACCCAUUUAUACAAAGAACCAGUCUACCAAGGAUCGAGCGGAAAGUUUGGUACUCAAGGUUCUAAUCUCCUUUAAAACCAACGAAAUUGAGAAGGCUGUGCAGUCCCUGGACAAGAAUGGUGUGGACCUUCUAAUGAAAUAUAUCUACAAAGGCUUUGAGAACCCCUCUGAAAACAGCAGUGCUGUGUUACUGCAAUGGCACGAAAAGGCCUUGGCAGUGGGAGGUGUGGGUUCCAUAGUCAGAGUGCUGACUGCCAGGAAGACAGUUUGAAUGUUCGGCUGGUCGUGUGAUGGGAGAGCUGGUGCCAAGACCAAAACCCUCAGCUGCAGCCUGGCUGUGGUUAAACUAACCCCUACUCUCUUGCUGCCACAUUUCUAUUCUUCCUUCUGUUUCUCUAUGGCUUUUGUUUUGAUACUUUUUUGAACAAACAGUACAAGUGAAUGUGUGCUGUGAGUGCAGUGCUCUGUUGACAGGAGUGUUAAGUUAUCUGCAUUUUCGUACAUGCCCUCAAUGAGCUGGGCUCUUUAAAUAACCACCCAUUCCCCAGAUAUGUACAGAUUGCAAAUCAAAGCACACAUAGUGCUCCUUCCACCAACAUCAAUACUAUUGCGCCUUACGACCUCAUCCUUUUUGGACCAAACAGCAUCACCCCUCUAUUCAGCUUAGCCAUGAGGCUGACCCAGCUUCUGCCUGUAAUGAUCCUUUCCAUACUCUAUCCCACUCUACCAGGAAACCUUCUCAGGAGUGGCGUUUUUUGCAAUCUACGGCUUUUAUAUCUUGAAUUAACCAGUUCAAUCCUCAAGGUCCCUGGAGUUUAAUGUGCUCCCUCAGGUCCUAGGUGUUUUAAAGGGAUAUCUCAUACUUUGGCUCAAAAAAAGGGCUUCCUUUUAUAGCUGUAUUAACUUGAGUACAUUUUACAAUACCAACAAAAGGAGGGUAUGUUUUAGUCCAUGAGUCAGAGCUUAUAAAAACCACCGUUCAUUGGCAGUAGGGAGUGACUUGCAUUUAUUUGCAUAGUCAGGGCUUGUGGUCUAUCUUAAAUUAGGUUUUCUUUCCAUUACGUAAUGUAGUGACAAAGCCCCCACAAAAGAUCUCUUGCUGAUGCAGCUAUUUUUGUAGGCAUUUGUGACCUCAACUAGUGCUGCAAAAUGACUGUUUUAUAGGGCUCUCUGCUUGUGAGGAAGCCUUAAUUUGUUAAACUCAUUAGUCACUGUAGGCUGGAUUGUGGAAACACUUCCCUUGCAGAAUUCUACAACAACUUACUAUAUUUAUAGGUUUGCUUUAUAGGGCUGCUGUUUUAAAUUUGUAAUAUCACGGGAUCCGCUGACUUGCUAGUAAUGUAGCAGGAUCCAGCAACAGCAGUUUUAGAAAGAUUUUGUUAAAGCUAUAGAGCUUGUUUGACAAUCUGAACGUAUCCAAAUUUGUGGUUGGCUUCCAGCCUGUUCUCAGUUAUAUUGAAGGCUAAUGGUGGAGAUAGUGAAUUGAAUCUAGUAGCAGAUAUAUACUAGCCCAUUCAGGUUGUGCAAGCCUAGCUUUCUCUGCAGAGCAGAUGACAUAGUGGGGACUUGCUUAAAUCAUUUCAUACUAGGUGGUAAGGAGAAUAGAAAGCACCCUGCAACAAUAUAUAUACCCAAGGGGGUGAGGCCUUAGCCCCUUCUGUUUUAGCGGGGUCUAUAACUCAGAAUUGCAUCACAGACCCUGUACCAUGGAAGAAAUUAAACUUUACUAUUGUUUUUUUACAGAUUAAAUAAAAGAUUGAUUUGGAACUUUG